GUGCGCGACGGAGGAGGCCGUCCUAGCGCAAGUGGUGGAGCAUGGGAGCGACGUGGACUCCGUGGAAGACCAGGCGUUUUGUGCCGUGGCAGUCCCCCCAGGCGAGUGUGGUACUGUUGGUGAAGUAGGUCUGGUGGGGGGUUGUGGAACAAGGCCAGGCAGUGUACGUGGCCGACGCAGCGGCCACGUGCUCCAUGUUGCGAUGUGCAGACAACUUCGUGAACUACCGUGAGCGUAGCGGUUGGGUGAAGGGGAUGGGAGGCGACAAGGCCUUCGUUUCUCUUCUAGGAUACGGAGAUGUGACCUUAGUCCUACAGACGGAAGAUAGUGGAGUACCCGUACCAGCACUGAAUGCUGCCCAUGUACCAGAGGCCCCCUACAACCUCCUCUCGCUGUCUUCGUUGGCGGAGGAGGGCCACACGUAUUCGGGGAUGAAGGGGGGCCUCACGCUGACCACGAAAGCCGGGGGGGACGUGUGGUUCCCCCGGACUGGAAAGCUGCUGACCCAACGAGGCUAUCAAAUAAAGCCAACGCUACACACCGCCUGUGCCGCACUCAUUGUUCCUGGCGAUGCGAAAGCAGCCAACCCCACUGACCUCAACGAGUACCACCUCGCGCACGGCCAUGCCCACGAGACAUUGCUCAGGAUCACGGCGGAGCAGCAGGGAGUGCAGCUGACGGAUGGACCGCUGCUACCCUGUCUUGGCUGUUCGAUGUCCAAGGGACAGGUGAAACCCGUCCAGAAGAGCACGAGCACACGCGCAGUUAAGAAGUUAUUUCGCGUGUAUCUCGACUUGGGGGGAAAGAUGAAAACCAGGAACAUUGGUGGCAUCUGGUACACACUGAUCAUCAGAGACGAUUUCUCCCGUUGGACGCGUGUUUUCUUCUUGAAACACAAGUCUGACGCAGCGGUUGGGUUUGAGAAGUUCCUGGCGGACUACCGAACGAAAGGGGUUCCGUGUGAGGUUUAUAUCGCACGUACCGACGGUGGCGGCGAGUUCCAGGGGCAGUUUGCAGAAGUUUGCCGCAGACACGGCAUCAAACAAGAGUUCACCCCCCUCACACCCCAAAUACAACGGCGGAGAGGGCGCUAGGGUUGAUCACUGAUGCCGCGCUUGCGUCACGAAUCCAAGCGAUGCAACUGUUCCCCGACGCACCGAACCACCCCGGGUUGUGGACCGAGGCCAUUUCGUGUGCAUUCCAUCAGCUGAACUGCACCGCCACUAAAUCAAACGAGGGAGACAAAUCCGCCUACGAGAUGUUCCACGACUCCCCACCGCCUGUCGGGUCUACAUACCCGUUUCUCAAACCAGCCGUGUUGAAGUCGAGAAGAAAAGCAAAGUCGCAACCCAAGGGCGAAAAAGGAUGGUACCUUGGUCCUGCCCAC